CCAUGCCCGGGGGCGCGGGCGCCGCCCGGCUCUGCCUGCUGGCGCUCGCCCUGCAGCUGCUCCGGCCGCGGGCGGCGCGGGAGCCGGGAUGGACGACAAGAGGAAGUGGGGACGGCAGCCCCCAGCUACAGCAUGAACUAAUAAUACCUCAGUGGAAAACUUCAGAAAGCCCCAUGAGAGAAAAGCAUCCAUUCAAAGCUGAGCUCAGGGUAAUGGCUGAGGGCCGAGAACUGAUCCUGGACCUGGAGAAGAAUGAGCACCUUUUCGCUCCAGCCUACACGGAAACCCACUAUACUCCAAGUGGUAACCCUCAAACCACCACGCUGAAAUCAGAGGACCACUGCUUUUACCACGGCACGGUGAGGGAGGCAGAGCAGUCCAGCGUCACACUCAGCACCUGCCGGGGAAUUAGAGGACUGAUUAUGGUGAGCAGUAACCUCAGCUAUGUCAUCGAGCCCCUCCCUGACAGCGAGGGCCAACACCUUAUUUACAGAGCGGAACAUCUCAAGCUGCCCCCGGGGAACUGUGGGUUCGAGCACUCCAAGCCCACCACCAGGGACUGGGCCCUUCAGUUUACACAGCAGACCAAGAAACGACCUCGCAGGAGGAAAAGGGAAGAUUUACACUCCAUGAAGUACGUGGAGCUUUACCUCGUGGCUGACUACGCAGAGUUUCAGAAGAAUCGACGAGACCAGGACGCCACCAAACACAAGCUCAUGGAGAUCGCCAACUAUGUUGAUAAGUUUUACCGAUCCUUGAACAUCCGGAUUGCUCUCGUGGGCUUGGAAGUGUGGACCCAUGGCAACAUGUGUGAAGUUUCAGAGAACCCGUACUCUACCCUCUGGUCAUUUCUGAGUUGGAGGCGCAAGCUGCUCACCCAGAAGAACCAUGACAACGCACAAUUAAUCACGGGCAUGUCCUUCCAUGGCACCACCAUCGGCCUGGCCCCCCUCAUGGCCAUGUGCUCCGUGUACCAAUCUGGAGGAGUCAACAUGGACCACUCCGAGAAUGCCAUUGGCGUGGCUGCCACCAUGGCCCACGAGAUGGGCCACAACUUUGGCAUGAGCCAUGAUUCUGCAGAUUGCUGCUCGGCCAGUGCGGCUGACGGUGGGUGCAUCAUGGCAGCUGCCACCGGGCACCCCUUUCCCAGAGUGUUCAAUGGAUGCAACAGGAAGGAGCUGGACAGGUAUCUGCAGUCAGGUGGUGGAAUGUGUCUCUCCAACAUGCCAGACACCAGGACGCUGUAUGGAGGCCGGAGGUGUGGGAACGGCUACCUGGAAGAUGGGGAAGAGUGUGACUGUGGAGAGGAAGAGGAAUGCAACAACCCCUGCUGCAACGCCUCUAAUUGCACCCUGAGGGCAGGCGCGGAGUGUGCCCAUGGUUCCUGCUGCCACCAGUGUAAGCUGCUGGCUCCUGGCACCGUGUGCCGCGAGCAGGCCCGGCAAUGUGACCUCCCGGAGUUCUGCACAGGCAAGUCUCCCCACUGCCCCACCAACUUCUACCAGAUGGACGGUACCCCCUGCGAGGGCGGCCAGGCCUACUGCUACAACGGCAUGUGCCUCACCUACCAGGAGCAGUGCCAGCAGCUGUGGGGGCCCGGAGCCCGGCCUGCCCCUGAUCUCUGCUUUGAGAAGGUGAAUGUAGCAGGAGACACCUUUGGAAACUGUGGAAAGGACAUGAAUGGUGAACACAAGAAGUGCAACAUGAGAGAUGCGAAGUGCGGGAAGAUCCAGUGCCAGAGCUCCGAGGCCCGGCCCCUGGAGUCCAACGCGGUGCCCAUCGACACGACCAUCAUCAUGAACGGGAGGCAGAUCCAGUGCCGGGGCACCCAUGUCUACCGGGGGCCUGAGGAGGAGGGUGACAUGCUGGACCCAGGCCUGGUGAUGACUGGGACCAAGUGUGGCUACAACCAUAUUUGCUUCGAGGGCCAGUGCAGGAACACGUCCUUCUUUGAAACCGAGGGCUGCGGGAAGAAGUGCCACGGCCACGGGGUGUGCAACAACAACCAGAAUUGCCACUGCCUGCCGGGCUGGGCCCCGCCCUUCUGCAACACGCCGGGCCACGGGGGCAGCAUCGACAGCGGGCCCAUGCCCCCCGAGAGUGUUGGUCCUGUGAUAGCGGGAGUGUUCUCAGCCCUCUUUGUGCUGGCGGUCCUUAUGCUGAUGUUCUACUGCUGCAGACAGAACAACAAACUGGGCCAACUCAAGCCCUCGGCCCUCCCUUCCAAGUUGAGGCAACAGUUCAGCUGUCCCUUCAGGGUGUCUCAGAACAGCGGAACUGGUCAUGCCAACCCAACUUUCAAGUUGCAGACACCGCAGGGCAAGCGAAAGGUGAUCAACACUCCUGAAACCCUACGGAAGCCCUCCCAGCCUCCUCCCCGCCCCCCUCCGGACUAUCUGCACGGCGGGUCCCCACCUGCGCCAUUGCCAGCACACCUGAGCAGGGCUGCUAGGAACUCCCCAGGGCCCGGGGCUCAAGUAGAGAGAAGGGAGUCCUCCAGGAGGCCUCCCCCAAGCCGGCCAGUGCCCCCUGCACCAAAUUGCAUCCUCUCCCAGGACUUCUCCAGGCCUCGGCCGCCCCAGAAGGCGCUCCCGGCAAACCCAGUGCCAGGCCGCAAGGCGCUCCCCAGGCCAGGCGGUGCCUCCGCGCUGCGGCCCCCUGCUGCCACCCCGCAGCAGCCCCGGCCUCUGGCAGCACCUAUUCCAAAGUUUCCAGAAUACAGGGCACAGAGGGCUGGCGGGAUGACUCGCUCAAAAAUCUAGACCCGCCUGAGGGGUUUCUGCGUUUCCUUUGAGGACUCUGGACACCAUAGAGGAUCGAGGGCCACGGAACCUGAAGGAAGCAUGUCCGGCCACCUCUGAGCUCCGCCCGCCCUCCUCCAGAGCCACCACGUCUCCGAAAAUCUCCUUCUUGACUCGGUGCCUCCUCGGCUUCCUCGGAGGCCCAGGGGGACUGUGAGCCGAUGGCUUCUAAGGGUGGUUUUGUGCAAUACACACCCCGGUAGGGAGGGAGGGAGGUGCACGGAGGAGGACGGGGCAGCUUCUGCUCCCAACCUCCCAGGUCAGGGCCGUCCGAGCUGGCCAGCCCGGCGGGGAAACGUCCUGUUCAGCCCCUCAGGCCAGGACGUGGCUUGCAGAAGCCACCCGUCCGUGUCCUGUGGUGGGGGGUACGCACGAGACCGUCCCGCUGCUUCUGUCUCCCUUGAUGGCCCGGGCUGGACAGGGGCUGGCACUUGCCCAUGCCUUUUAGCGUUUAGGGAUUGAGGAAGGGGCAAGCCAGCCAUUGCUGUGGCCCCGCCCAGGGCUUGGUCGAGGUGACGGCUUCCGGCUAUGUGCCUGCAUGUGACAAGCCAAGUCCCCUCCCCACUUCGCCCCAAAUGCCCACGUCCCCUUAUCCACACGGGUCACUCUGACUCAGACAGGUACUAUUUGUAGGCAGUGUAGACAGCAGGGGAGCGCCAGGCUCGGGCCUCCUCUGAGCUGAGAUGCCAAAGGUUGCGACUCCCGACUCGCGGUCAUUUUGGGUAGCUUUUUGUUUUUUCUUCCGCACUUCCCUAGUGCCCCAUGCUUUUAGCUUUACCUUCCCCCUCAGACCCCCUCUAAUGUGUGGUGCUUGGGUGAGCGGACCCUCCGCAGUCCUGACUUCCCGGUGACCAGGUGCUUGGGACCUCCAAGUCAGGGUCCUGCCUCAAGGUUGGCCACUGGAUUUCCUGCGUCAGAUCUCAAGAGCAUUGGCCAGAGUAGACUCAGGGCAUGGCCCUGGGGGUCAUAUCUUUAUUUUUCAUUGUGUUUUGUGACCUCAGCAGGGGCAGGGUCUUCCUCCUUACUCCCUGACCUACGCUGAGGUGAGGUUCCCCCAGGGAUGGGGGCAGGUGUGGCGAAGGCAGCAGAUACCCAAGAGGCCCAGCUGUUAACAAGGUGUGCACAGGGGAGCCAGCCUGCCCCAUGGUCUGGUCGCUGGCUUGAGGAGCGGGAGCAGACCUGUUCCUAACCAAGGGAGCCUCUGCAGCUGAGAGCCCUCGGGAAGACAACCGUCAGCAGCUGUGCUGGAACAGGCAGCGCUGGGGCCCCUCCCCUCCUCCCCAACCUGGCUUUUAUCUUUCACUUCCUUUUGUCCUCUCCCUCUGGUCGCUGCCCGUCCCGACCCUCGACCCUCGCAGAAAGACAGCUGUGAGCAGGUAGGGGAGCUGGGCUGCAGUGGCCCCGUCCUCCGGGAGCAGGGAGGGAGGACGGUGCGGUGCUCUGCUAGACAGGACAAUUUUCUCAAAGUAGCGGGAGACCGUCUCCCGCUCCAGGAAGGUGCUGGGUGGCUCUCCAGAGGGGAGCUGGCCUGACUCUCACUCCUUUGAGGCUUUCCAGGGGGCUCCCCGCCUCCUGCAGUGAGCAGUUGUUGGCUCCCGAAAACCUCAAUGCAAGGACUAAGGCCACCUACCACCCCAGGGCCUCCUUAUAGUUCUCUGCACACAGGUGCUUCAUAGAUGUUCUUGGGUUUGUAGAUAAAUGGGGGACACGGGACGUGCACAAACCUGGGGUGGAUUUAGAAAGAUCUCAGGAAAAUGAGUUCCUCUCCCUUCAGGGUGGCUGUGAUACCUGUGCCCUGUCUCCCUGGCCUGGGCCCUUCUUGCUCCCGGAUCCCUUUCCCACCUUCCUGGCGGCCUGAUUGAAUCAGGGGACAGCCUUCCAUUUAAGGCGGGGCCCCAGAAAAGUAAAGUGAAAAUAAAUAACACCCCCAAAGCCCAGCCCAUGCCUCAUAGAUGUUCCUGUGGCUUAUCUAGGAGGUAGGCGGGUCUGAAGGGACAACGCCACAGCCAUUGUGACAGCAUGAGGCGUCUGAACCUGCAGUCCACCCUCCCCGGAACCAUAUCCAAAAGAGACCUGGGUGGUUUUCUUGCUUUUUGUUUCGUUUUUAUUUUUUCAUUAUUUUAACACCACCUCCAUCCCAUAAAACUGUACUGUGAACUGGAAGAUGGUGGAGGUUUUUUUAAUUCGAUAGAGACCUUUGGCAGCUGGUUCUAUAUUGGCUGUUUCCCUCCUGGCCCUGUUCAGGGAGGCUGCGGGGCGAGGGGGAGAAGGGGGAGGGGAAGACCCCCCACCAUGCAUCCCCUUUUUCCAGUGCCGUAGUUGCUCCUGUGAGGUGUCAGAUAGAAAUAAACCCGGGCUUAGGGAAGGAGAGACCUUAUUCGAAAGGAUUAUUGCAAGUUGGGGAAAGGAAAUAUUGCCAGAGGGGGAUGAGGGGGGCUUUGCAAUAGGGAGCACGCUCAGGCUGACCUACUGCAAGAUCAGCAAGCGUCUCGGAGCCCAGGCUGAGAAGGCCUUUCCUUUUAUUGGAAGAAGUAAACAUGGCUAGAGAGAGCCACGUUCAGGGAAUGUCUCUGUGCCCGGCCUUAUUUGGAGGUGGAUGGGCUGUUAAGGAGGGGAGUGUUUUCUGGCUGAGGUUGAGGGCAGGUCAAGGUCCGGGGUCUGGUGGGGCGGAGGGAAGCCUAACUAAAGUUUGGUUUAGUGAGUUACCACCCACUCGGAUAGAGAUGUGUGUAAAUCUUUAUAAAAGCUAAAUUAGCCUCCUGCCAGGUUUACAACUCUGGAAUGUUUUUCUUAAGGGCCUUGGAGCCAUCUCUGAAAUAUAAAUCUCAAGCGAGAUGGCGCCCCUGUCUCCCUGUCUUUCUGGGAGUUUUAGCCUGGGCUCCGGGCUCUGACUUGUAAGUACCUGCUUGCCUCAGUUCCUUUUAGCCUUGCGGACUUGCCCCUGUAAAAAGAAAGCCCUUUUCUGCCCCAGCUUGGAGACGCUUGCAGAUCUUAAGGUCCGAGAAGCUUUGCAGACUUUCUGGUCAUUGUGUUCUCUGUAUUGCAACACACCUUUCCCCCAUUGCAGUAGUCCUUUACCAUUCCUUGCAAUCUUUCUUUUGAAUAUCUUCUCUCCUUACCUAUUUCCUAAUUUGUUCUUAUUUGACAGAGGGUAUGGAAGUCUUGCAUUUUUAAAAUUAGGGACCAGUUCUAAAGUGAGUGAUUGUACUAAAUGCAUAUAUAACAGCUCUGCUGGACACCCAAGAAAGCCAAGGGGACGCCAACUGGAAAGGUCCCCCAUCCCGAGGGAAGCCUGCUAAGGAGAGGUUCUGCAAAAUCCACACCCCAUGUCCCCCAAGUCACCCUCCGCGUGUCCUCUCACACCAUCCACUGUGUGUGUGUUUGUGUCUGGGAUCCAGGGCAAUGUGAAUUUUCUUUUUAUUUGGGAGAUUGUUCACAGACAACAGAUCUUCUUCUCUCUUGUCCACCUAUUGUUUACAAUAUUUGUACAUCUAUGCAAAAUACUUGAAUGGGCCAUGGUGCCUUUUUUCCUUGUUUGUAUUUAAUUAAAAUGAAUUGUUUGUCAUUUGGAAUGUUA